AAUUUAGCACAAACUGUUGAGCCGCGACGCUAGCGACAUCUUUACGAAUUUGUUUUAGUUUAUUUUUUUACACACUUUGUUAACCUGUUACCAGUGUCUACUGUGCUAAAACUGCGAUUUUAGUGUUAAUUAUAUGUUCUUUAGAGUGUGACCUAACAUAAUAAGUAAUUAUGUCAAAGUGAUUAACUCAUUAAUUACCUACAAUAAUCUCUUUGGAUAAUCUAGGAGUUGGAAGUGUGAUCACAGUCUGCAGUUUAAAACAGUUCCAACGGGAUAACUUAUUAAUGUAAAGGUUAACAAAAUCGCUGAUAAUGUCAAUAGCGCGUUUCUGCCCUACAAAGGCUGAACUACAAACUACAUAGCAGAUGAGUAAUGCAACUGCUCAGACAUGGUCGUGCUACUCAGGAGCAUAGGUGCCUUACUAUGCCUGACUGCAGUCGCAGGAACCCUGGACUAUGAGGACAAUGACCCGGGAGGUCUGUGCAACGUGUGUCUCUGCAGUGAAGACCUCGUCAGUGUGGACUGCUCCAGCCUUGGACUGACUGACAUCCCUCCUGGGGGUAGUUCCAAGGUCCAGAGGCUAAAUGCUUCCAACAAUGAAAUCACAUCAUUUCCGAGAAAUCUGAACAGGUUUCCCAACUUAGGAACACUAGAUUUAAGCGGAAACCAGCUAAGUACUCUGCCUGCAGAUGCGCUGUUCAACCUGACCAAUCUGGACCUGUUGAAUUUGUCCAGAAACGCAUUCGAAGUGUGGCUCAACUUGAACCCCAACGAAGUAUUACUACUAGCAACAAGUUUACGAGUCCUCGAUUUAUCAAAUAACCGAUUUACUUCACUUGGAAACUUAGAAAAUCAAGAACUUUUUGUCAGUAACAGUCUAGAGAUAUUAAUUUUGGAAAAAUGUGCCAUCGCAACUAUUCACGGAAGAUCGCCACUCCUUGGAUUGAGCAAUUUGAAAGUUCUCAGGCUCAGCCAUAAUCCGUUAAGAAGAAUCCACAGCCUUAUGUCUUCAACCUUAAGGCUGUUGGAUGUUAGCAACUGCCAGCUCAGCUAUAUCCAUCAUGAUUCCCUCGUCAGCCUUCCGUCACUGAUUACUUUGCAAAUGUCGCACAAUUUUCGCCUAGUUUUAGCAACAACUACUGAAACUCUUUUAUCAGAUUCAUUGAGGUAUCUCGAUAUUUCCUAUUGCAACGUUAUGCAACCGAGCCUCGAAGGCUUCCCAAAUCUAAGAAAGGCGUACAUCAGUCACAACAUGGUACGAUACCUCACUAGCAUGGAGUUUGUUAACAAUACAAAGUUAGAAUAUUUAGACCUCUCCUAUAACAGUAUUAGUUCAAUAAAACGUGACACAUUCCGAGGAUUACUCAAGCUAAAAUACCUAGAUUUGUCUUGGAAUGAAAUACCCGCUCUACCGGAAGACGCUCUUCUUGAAACUCCAGAGUUAUCUCAGAUUAACCUAUCAAGAAACUACUUUACAAAGGUAGGACAUUUGAAGUCUCUAUCAGUAACCGUGAUGGACAUGAGCCAAUGUGAAAUAAGUAUGAUCGGAAAGGAUUCCUUGGAAGGCUUGCAGUCUUUGAUUGACAUCAAUUUGUCUCGAAAUCUACUUUCACACAUACCUGACAGCAUAUCUUCAAAUACCUUACAAAAACUAAACCUAAACUAUAAUCGCAUCAGUGCAGUAAAUAACUACACAUUCUUCAUGCUGCCUCGGCUCACCUCUCUGUCGGUGACUGGAAACCGAUUCACAACAAUAUGGCACAAGGCAUACUUCCAGUCCAACCCGUACCUCGACAACUUAGAUUUAGACGACAAUAUGUGGCGGUGUGACUGCUCCUACAAUAAUAUGUAUGACUUUUUCGAAUAUGUAACUCUGGAGCCAAAUAAGAAAGAAGAAUCCUAUAAGCUGAUUUGCAACAGUCCCUCGGAGUUGUUCGGUAAGACCUGGUUCGACGCGUGCUACAUGACCUGGGUGCCGGGCCAGCAAACCAUGAAUGCGGAUGGUGUGGUGUGGUUCUUGUUCAGCGUAAUUGUUGGAUUAACGUUAGUAUUCCUAGUUGUGUCAGCAGUAAAAAGAUCGAUGAAGAGAAGGCUAGAAGCGAUACAGGCAGAAAGGGAGAGACAGGUGGAAGAAGCGAGAGACAGGCUGCGACAGAUGAGGAUACGUGCCGAGCAGGAGGCGCAGUGCAAUGCACCUGACCCUCGAGACCUGGUGCCCCCGCCCUCGUACAUCGAGGCUCUCUCCAUGCCCAAGCUCAACACCUCCUGCUAUUCCCUCAACGAGGCUGGCUCAGGCAAGUCAAAGAAACGAAGAGGCCGCAGAAAAACGAAAUCAAGCGGAGAUCUUUUAGAAGAAACUGAACGGAAUGGCGAUGUAAGGGAUGAGUUUGAAAUGGUUGAAAAUACUGACGACAGACGCAGAAGGCGGCGGAGAAGAUCAGCCAAGUAUGGGAGUCAUGAGAUAGCCGAGCUGGACCAGUCGCCCGGGGCGCGGCGCCGCAGGAUGUCGGAGUACGAGGCGGGUGCUGACAGCAUCACGGUGGAAGUUGAAGCUGAAAUGGAAAGGCCUCUGAGGCCGAGAAAUAGGAGGAAUUCUAUAGACGACGACGAACCACGUGAGAGUGACUUUUAAAAUAUUUUGAUGUAAGACUUUUCAGAGGAAUAGGUAAAUUGUACAUAAUAUUUUGUUAAUUUAAUUUAUAAUAAGUAAGUAAUAAAGUAGUAUUGUAUUUUUUUAAAGUGUCAAUAAACUUAAAAUGUUUCUGUAUAGUUACCGUCUUAGUUAUUCACAUAAAUAUAAUAUAUAUUUUGUU